UGAAUCCUUUCCCGCGAGCCGCAAGAUAUUGCUGCGAUCGUGAGAACACACCUAUAAACCGCAUUAUGUUUUAACAAAUUAAUCGCAAGGUAGCAUCCAGAAAAAGACUAAUUGGGAUAUCUGCCUAAUCUAUAUAAAAAUUUUGUUAUUAGCCAGAACAUAUAGUUGGCAAGUGAAAUUUGCAAUUAAAUCAACUUCGAUAUGAGCUUGGAAAUGCACGUCAGUCACAUCUUUACUGCGACCUUGGGGGCAUGUACAAAUAUGUAGAACAUCGCUAAACGUGUCUGAAGACCAGUGAUAGUCCAAUUCAGCUCUAGUAUCAGUCAUCAUUAUUUCACAUGGAAAUUGUGUAAAAUUGAAGAUGGAUAAAUUGAGGAAGUACAGAUUGACAGAACAGAAUUAGUCUACGCUCCAGAUGUCAAAUCUUCUGCCUUCUUUGCCCUAAUAAAACUGAAUUCAACAGUUCAUGGACAUAUGCUUCUCCAAUCCUCGUUGCCAUUUGUAAUGUAUCCCAAGGUGGAUCUUGGAUGCUGCUGCAGUGCUGCUUUGAAACCAGGCUGUCCCUGGCUGAAUGUACUUGGCAAUAGUUCUACGAAGAAGAGUGCACCCGACGAGUAAAUCAUCCGUCGUGCGUGCAGCAUCUGGAGAUGACAACGAAGAGAAAACUUAUUGGCCGCCUGGUGCCCUGCCGAUGUUUUCGGGGUGAAGAAGAAGUCAUCUCAGUACUGGAUUAUUCCCAUUGCAGCCUUCAACAUGUACCAAAGGAGAUAUUCAAUUUUGAACGAUCUUUGGAGGAACUUUACUUGGAUGCAAAUCAGAUAGAAGAGCUCCCAAAACAAUUGUUCAACUGCCAAGCACUCCGCAAACUAAGUAUUCCAGACAAUGAUCUUUCUAAUCUGCCCACCAACAUUGCCAGCUUGGUGAACCUACGAGAAUUAGACAUCAGCAAAAAUGGUGUCCAAGAUUUUCCAGAAACCAUUAAAUGCUGUAAAUACUUAGCGGUCAUUGAAGCCAGUGUUAAUCCCAUUUCCAAACUUCCGGAUGGAUUCACCCAACUGUUGAAUUUAAUGCAGCUCUACUUAAAUGAUGCAUUUCUGGAAUUUCUUCCAGCUAAUUUUGGAAGACUUACCAAGUUGCGCAUUCUGGAGCUAAGAGAAAAUCAUCUGAAAACUCUACCAAAGUCAAUGCACAGACUGACACAAAUAGAUCGAUUGGACCUAGGGAGUAAUGAAUUUAUGGAACUGCCGGAUGUUCUGGAACAACUACAAAGUCUGAAGGAGCUGUGGAUGGACAACAACUCAAUACACUCAUUACCUGGGCCACUUGCGAAGUUAAAACGUCUAACCUACUUGGAUAUGUCGAAGAACAGAAUAGAAGCUAUUGAGUCAGAUAUUUCUGGAUGUGAAGGCCUUGAGGACCUCCUGCUUUCAUCCAAUAUGUUGCAGCAGCUGCCUGACUCCAUAGGAUUAUUGAAAAAACUUACAACAUUGAAAUUGGAUGACAAUCAACUAAACAUUUUGCCUAACACAAUUGGAGGUCUUUCUGUCUUGGAGGAGUUUGACUGUAGUUGUAACGAACUCGAAUCACUUCCUCACACGAUUGGAUACUUGCACAGCCUCCGAACCUUCGCAGUUGAUGAAAACUUCCUUGUAGAGUUGCCCAGAGAGAUUGGAAGUUGUAAAAAUGUGACAGUCAUGUCGUUACGGACAAACAAACUGGAGCGGUUGCCUGAAGAGAUUGGACAGAUGCAAAAACUGAAAGUGUUAAAUUUAAGCGAUAACAGGUUGAAGAAUUUGCCAUUCAGUUUUACUAAACUUAAAGAACUGGCAGCAUUGUGGCUAUCUGAUAACCAGUCCAAGGCUCUAAUCCCUCUGCAAACAGAGUCUCAUCCAGAAACAAAGCAGAGAGUGUUGACAAACUAUAUGUUUCCUCAGCAGCCACGUAACGAUGAAGUAGAUUUCCCUUCUGACAGUGAUAGCUUCAACCCAACCUUGUGGGAAGAACAAAGACAACAACGUAUGCAGGUUGCUUUUGAGUUUGAAGAGAAGAAGGACGAAGAGGAUGCUUCUGGCAACAUCAAGGCUGAAAUAAACCUUAAACGCUAUCCUACCCCUUACCCAGAAGAUCUGAAAAAUAUGGUGAAAUCUGUUCAGCACUUGGUAGGAAAACGCAAUCAUGAAGGGUCGACUGAAAAUUCAACAGGUGCCACAAGUAUAGAACAUUCUAUAAAAGAAAAAUAUGAACAUAAAUGGCCUGGAUCAACAAAGGAAGCUACACUUGAGAGAUCCUUAGGCGACUCACCAAAUGAUCUGAGAAUGGGAGAACUGCGACCUGCACUUACAGAAACUCCACUAUUCAAGCCCAAAGUUGUCCUGAUAGGUAAAGAGAAGAAAGAAUCAACAGAUGAAUCAGAAGGUGACAGAAUCAACAAUAGCGGUUCUUCAGGCUCCUACUCAGAUUACUCACCUUCCCAAGCAUCUUCAGGUUCUUCUGCAGCACCCAUUAAAGUCAACACAUUGCAGACAGCAGUGAAAGAUGGUGUAGCUGCAUCCUCUUGGGGAAACAGCAGGUUAACACAGACAUUUCAACAAAACAUUGAAGCAAAACCUUUACUCGGUCAGAGGGAAAUGGCAUCAACAGCAAGUCUACAACAACGUGCUGAAAGGCGCCCGGUUAAUGACGCAUUUUCUGAUAAGUGGAAUGACAACUCACAUUAUGAUAAUACUGGUUUUGUCUCAGAAGAAAGCACUUCAAUUUUAGAACAUCCUAGUGCCAACCCUUUAAUAAGCACAAUAUCAAGGAGCACAUCUGCCCAGGGGCGUAGGCCGUUAAUGAGACAGGACAGAAUUAUUGGAGUUCCAUUGGAUUUGGAACAUGGCAUGCACAGUGUCAGAAAUACACAAGAAAAUGAAACUGCCAAUCCCUGGCAAAACUGGACUAGAACACCAAGUCCAUUUGAGGAUAGAACUGCAUUUCCAUCAAAGUUGGAGACCACUCCUUUCAGCAGUCCUAUUCCUGAUAGAAAAGAUUUGGAACAUUCAACACGUGGAAUUACUGAAUUUUCCCGCACAUUUUCAUCGGGUUCUCCAUGGAGUUUUCUCAAUUCUAGAGAAUCUAAUUUAAGUAGAGGUCAUAUGGACAAAUUCACACAUACUUGCAGACCUGAGUCUGCCAAGAGUGCUAUUAUUAUCAGUAAAAGUACUGAACGACUUGCACCAAUGAUGAGAUCGGUUAAAGCAGGCCACUUUACGAAAUCCCAAAGCAUUGAUGAAAUUGACAUUGGGGCCUUCAAGAUUUACAAUAUACCACUGGACUGUUAUGGUUCCAGCGCAGAAAAUCCCUGUAGCAUUGAUAUACCAGACCAAAUGCCAGCCCACGAACUAGGCAUGUCACGCAGCCUUUCUGCUCCAAUGUUGGAUGAAGAUUUAUCAGAAACAUAUGGAAGCAUAAAGAUCUCUCAAAAAGUUCCAACCUCAAAGAAAGUGUACCAUUUUGACCAAAGUUUCAAUCCUCAAGGUGCCGUAAAUCUUAAACCUGAGAGACGAGUAACCACUUCUUUUACACAUAAUGUUGACUAUGGUGUCCAGCAAAACAAGAAUGUUUCAAAAGAUAUCAUUAAUCCACGCUCCUUCAGAGGCUACGAACCCAUGGAACACAUGUAUUCAUUCUCACAGCCCUCAGUAAAUGAUGAACCAGUAAAUCCUCGGUUUGCAACUCAAGGCGAUAGAGUUGGAUUCUUAAGAAGGGGUGACUCCCUGGCAACCUCCACAGAAAUGGCAUUGCAUCGAAGGGUUAAUGAAGCUCCUGAGAUACCUCAAAGUGACAGAUAUGUCAGGACUCAUUACAGAGGAGUUUUAGAACAUCAGAACAGCGCAUCAUUAGUUGAGUCACAAUAUCUCAAAAGGAAUGGAAGAUAUGAUGAAGAUUAUUCAACAUUCCAAGACUUGAAAAAUCAGGGUAGAACUUUUCAAGAUAAACCUUUGACUCAGAGGAGGCCAUUAUCUGCAAGAAGCUACAGUACUGAAAGCUAUGGGUUUUCCCAAACCAGACCAGUUUCAGCAAGGCCUACCAUGGCAGCUUUGUUAGAGAAGUUACCUUCAGAUUAUAACAUCGCUAGCUACAGUGAAAAGCCUUCAGAGAGCAAUGAUGUAAGGAUCAGGUCUUCACAGAAAGUCGAUGACAGUGCCAAAAUACCUCUAGAUUGGAGACAACAACUGCUCAGGCAUAUAGAAGCGAAAAGGUUAGAUAGGACACCGUCACAACAAAGCAAUGUUCAUGACAGUGAACUGGAAGAUAUAUCUCCAACUAGUCAGUGGAGUUCGUAUGCAUUGGGAAGGAGGGAUGUGCCACCAGAGAACAUGAUUAAAAAGCUUCCUGAAUCUUUGCCUAAUGGGCUGAAUUACCCACAGGCAGGUAGCCACCCUCAUCAAGGGCAGAGUUCACUUGGGUCUUCAACACAAAGCCUACAGCAUCGAUCCAGGGAACAGCAAUAUGAAGGAGCUGUGUCGAAGGUGACGCUUCAGCAGUAUCAAAAGCCUUUGCAGAUUGCCAUUUCAUCAACGCAGAACCUUCCCACUGCUCGAGCAGCUCAACCCAGCAGAUGUCUAACGAGCGUUAAAGCACAAAAAAGUACAGAAAGUUACCAGGAGCAGUUUUGCGUAAGAAUAGAGAAGAACCCUGGUCUUGGCUUCAGUAUAAGUGGAGGAAUAAGUGGACAAGGGAAUCCAUUCAAGCCAUCUGAUAUGGUUGAUGCCAGCUAUCAAAGGAUGAGCAGAAGUCAGCUACAGAUGGUAAAGGGAAAUGGUGGCAUCUUUGUUACUAGAGUGCAACCUGAUGGACCAGCAUCCAACCUAUUACAGCCCGGAGACAAGAUCCUCAAGGCCAACGGGCAUAAUUUUAUACACAUGGAACAUGACAAGGCAGUUUCGCUUCUUAAGAGUUUCCAGAAUACAGUGGAUCUGAUAAUCCAGCGUGAGGUUAAUUGAUUUUUCUGUAGAAAAAUGUUUAACCAAUAAGAUUAAAAUUCUUUACUGCAGCUUCCUGUGUGAGGAACGCCAGGCAAUUUUAUCCAAUUUUUUUUGCCAAUUGCUGGACCAAUGGCGACACUUGUGCCAAACUUAUUACUAAGAUACUUAUCAACCAGUAUUACAAUGUUUAAUAUUUUAUCUUCACAAAUGAAUAAUUUAUGAAAUUGAUGUUUAUGUGGUGAUUUUUCAGCCAGUCAGAGGCUGUGAAAUGGCAGGUCAUUCGGUGCAAAUGUUUCUAUAUAUUUAUUACAUAUAUUGUUCAUUUUUGGAGUAGAUUUUUUUUGUCAAGUAUCAAAGCACCAAAAGCAUAUACAUGUCUUUAGGAAUUGCACCACCAUUAACACUGCCUCAAAAUUGUACAUGUCCUUUUUUGUAUAAAGCAAAAAUGCAUCAACGAAUGCAUCAACAAAUGCAAAUGAACUGAGAAAUUUAAAGCUAUUUUCUUAUCAAUAAUUGAAAAAGAAUUUGGAUGUGGAGGGUUCAGCAAAUGAUGUUAUCUGUUCCAUAAAAAAAAAUCAAAAAAAUAACUAAAAAUUUGGAAGUGUAAGAUGCUUUUAUAUACAUCCAUAAAAGGGGUAAAAAAAGUACCCGUUUUUAACUGCCUUUCUUUGAGAAAUUCUAGAUAUGGAAAGAAUGUUGGAGCAGAAGGGAAAAGUAAUUUUCUUUUGAAUACCACUCCUAAUGUUUAUUUCAAAAGUAACAUUGAUAAAAGCACAUCGGCAUGAGCAAAUUACUCACGAGACAUUUCUUUUUUUCCAUUUAAGAGAAUUUGAAUUUAAUCUGCAUGUGCAUUAUAAUACCCCACAUGCAUGUGUGCACAGAUAGAUACCCUGCACCAGAACUGAAAAGGUACCUCCAAGUUGUUCAUUUGAAAACAGAACAUAACCAAAAUGUUGCAAUUGUCCUUCAACAAAUCUGUUUAUCUUGAGGGAAGAGUGAAUGUCUGCAAAAUCUCAGGUUGUCUCAUUUCAUUGUCAUAUGUGAUUGAAUUUAACAAGCAACAUAUAAAUGAUGUUGUCCAUAAAUUGAGUACAAUCAUCUGGGCUCUUAAGAUAAGAGCAACCAACGAUGCAGACAAUAUUUUUAUAGAAAGUAAGGAUAUUAGCAUUCAGGUUAAUAUGCAAGUUUCAAUUAUGCAGCCACUCAUUUUACUUUAAAAACAAAAAACUAUUCUCAUUCAUGAUAUUUUUAACUUUUUAAUGAUGGGGGAAUCUAUUAAUCUCCAAUUAUGAUGAUAUUUUCUCAUUCAAUUGAAAGAAACAAUGUUUUCUUUUGCUUGUUAAAAAUCUUUUAGAAAAGAUAUUUGAUGUGAUGGGUUUCCUUAUUUGCAUGGUAUAAUUUGGUUAUAGAAAUAUUAUGAAUUUGAAAAUGUAUAUUGGCGCUCAAAGCAGUUAACUGUUGAUCUAUACAUUUUGAUAAUUCAAUACUUAACUAAAUUUUCAAUUGGAGUUUUUUGACAAAUGUCAGUUUAUAUUAUCAUACCAGAUAUAAUUAAAAAUAUGCAACUUUGUGAAAUGGGAAAUUUAACUAUUUUUACAACAACAUCACUUGUUUGCUAGAUCAAGAUUAAUGAAAGGUAAUUCAGGCAGUUAAUUUGCAGUGUACGUACUGUUCUAAAUAAUCAAAACCAAUAUUCAGUACAAAAGUUAGAUGUUGGAAAAUUAAAUAUGAAAAAAAUAAUCAAGUUAAACUUCGCAACAGCACCCAAAGUACAUCAUUGGUUUUGCAAGUUUCAGGUUAGAUAUAUUGAAAUACUAUGACACUUGGAAUUAUACUUGGUUUUACUGUAAUAAUCUGGCACUAUUGAAUUGUAACUACAUGAUUUUGCGAAAACAUAUAUAUUUAUGCAUUAUUGCCAUUUUUCUCACAUGGUCCUCGUGUUCUUUUGAAAUUCACUAUCAACACAUCAAAUCUCUUAAAACAUUGAUGUUUAAUUCCCUUCUGUUGAGGCUCUCAGAUUCAGAAUUCCACAUCACAAUGGUGUAGUGAAUUUUGGAACAUAAGUAAAUAAAUCAAAAAAAUCUAGAACACUGGAGAUUGCUUGGCCCAUCAAGUCAGUCCAAAAAAAACCUCUGACAUUUAUAUUAUUCCCAUGCAGAUAAUGACAGUACAAGUAGGCAUUCAAGUACUAUUAAACAUGUUGAAUGUUUCUGCCUUUAUCCUCUAUGCAGAGUUCCAGCAUGAUACAACUCUCCAGGUGCUACUCACAUCUCCUCUAUUGAUUAUUUAAAAUCUAUGUUUCUUGGUGUUUGACAUCUCUGCUAAGGGAAAUAGCUUCUUCCUAUUUAUUCUAGGCCAAUCACAUUUUAAUACAUUUAAUUUUACAUCUUCUGUUAUACCAGCUUAUCUGAUCUUUCCUCAUAACAAUAUUUUUUGGCGACAAUCUAGUAAAUCUCCUCUGCAUUUUGCACUGCUAUCACAUCUUUUCUGUACUAUGAUGACCAGCACUACACAUAUUACUCAAGUCAUGGCUGAACUUGUGUUGCUUACAGUUCAAGUCUCAUAUUCGUCGUCCCAGUUAAUAACAUAUUACACUAUGUAUGCCCUUUUAAUUACCUGAUUGGUCUGUAUGUUACAUACAUAGCCAAUAUGUGCAGGAGUAGGCUAUUUGAGCCAGCAGCCAUUCAACGUGAUCAUGGUUGAUCAUCCACAAUCAGUACUCCGUUCCUGCCUUCUCCCCAUACCUUGAAGGGACGUGCAAAAUUCCUUAAAAGGCUCCAAGGCCUCCUUUUUAUUGUAUAUUUCUUGUCUUGUUGCAUUUCCCCAAUAUUAAUUAUCCAAUUAAAUUUCAUUUGCCAUUUUUCUGCCAAUUAACCAGAUGACUUAUACCUUCCUCCAGUUUACUCUUCACUAUCAACUCCAAUUUGUUUUACUAAUUAAAUCCUAUAUUUUCAACGUUUUUGUUUUUCUUAUUUUUUUUCAUUUCCACUAAAGAUAUGGGUCAGAGAAUUCACCUCCAGCAAAAUGCACUGAAAUGUCCUCAAAUUUCUCAUAAUAAAAAUUGAUUACCUCAUUCUGCAUCUUUUUGGGCUUUUAAUAUAGUGCGAGGGAAGUAUAAUUUAAACAAUCAUUUUUGUUGAGGCUCUUGCAGACUAAUUAUAUAUUUUUUAUUUCAUAUUCCGCCCACUCCCUCUUUGGCUCCAUUAAAAGUUUUCUUAUUUAAUGAUGCAGUUUUGUAACCAAAUUCUAACUUAAAGUCACACUUCCAAUUUUUCUUGGUGGCUAUUUUGAAGAAUGUUGCCAAAAAAAGAGCAGCAAGGCAUGUUGUGCUCUCCGCAUAGUGAGUUCCAAACUUAGGUCAGUGAAACAUUAAGAGUAAAGUGUAAAGGGAACCUAUUUGUACAGGUAAUUUGCUCUCAGCCCCCUUGCUGUUCGGAAUCUGGGAUAAAUAUAUCUGCAAUACCACAUUCUUGUCAAAUUGUAAAAGAGAAGGAAUCCUGGUUUAGUCAACAUUCUCUAGCUGUACAUGGAUAAAGUUUCCAUUGUGCAAGAGACAGAAGGAAAACAAUCCUCAGGCCACAUUGUUUUAGAUAUUACAGAGCAGGUUACAUUGUAAAAAUGAACCCAUGUAAAUUCAGCUUUGUUGAUGUAAGAGAAAACAAUCAUUUUUCUAUGUCAUAAUUCAUAAAUAAGAAAGUAUAGUAAAAUUUAGUCUACUGCAGUAUUUUGUAAAUAAUUGUCAACAAUGGCAUUGAAAUAACUUAUCAUUUAGAUUGUGAAUGUAAACAUCUGCUUCUGCAGUCAAAAAUAUUUUAAUCGAAUUGAAAGCUGCUUUAUGUGCAACAAAAGACAAAAAAAAAGUUGCAGGAUUUUACUGUUUUUAAUUUCACAGACUGUAGUGAAGUUGACAAAACGUGUCUGUUCAAAUGCACAUACAAGUCUAUCCUUCCAAUUUUAUUUAAGAAUCGACAAUUUUACUGGUGUACAUCUGUGUUCAAAAUGCAUUUUGCAUAUUCUGUCUGUACAUACUUGGGGAAAUUUACCAGAUUAAAAGGAACUAAACUACUCAUUUCCAAUUUGAGUGAAAGUAUAGCAGAGCUAUUUUUGGGCUUUGAAAUUCUGGGAUUUUUUUCUGUAUUCAAAAGAGUGAAUAAUGUAUGAAGUCUCUUUAAUGAGCAGAUAUUAAUUUAAAUUGUCACACAUUUGUAAAUAAUCUCUGCUGAAUGGAUUUAUCAUGUUAAUGCUGUAUUGCAUAAGUUUAAUUAUCGGAUUUCAUAGUCUGUUUUUUUAAAUCCCAAUUUUUAGGUUGAAUUAAUGAAUUCUUAAUGUAUUAAUGCUAUUGUCAAAAUAUAAAACUGUGCUAAUGAUUUGCAUUUCUGGAGCAGGUAAUCUUGAUUUUUUCACUGUCAAACACAAUCUAUACCUUUCAUAGGAACAAAAUUCUAUUUCAGACAGGCAAGGAUGGGAGUCGAUGGAAUAUUGAUUCAAAUAAACCAAACAACCAAUUAUUUUUUUGAAAUGCCUUUUUCUGUAGUCAGUGCUUUUUGUGUGCACAAAAAGAUUCUGGUCCACGCGAUUAAUAAACAUAUGUCACAUGGCUGGUAAACAAAAUAAUGACAUUAACAUAGUAAACAUAGAAACAUAGAAAUUAGGUGCAGGAGUAGGCCAUUCGGCCCUUCGAGCCUGCACCGCCAUUCAAUAUGAUCAUGGCUGAUCAUCUAACUCAGUAUCCCGUACCUGCCUUCUCUCCAUUACCUCUGAUCCCCUUAGCCACAAGGGCCACAUCUAACUCCCUCUUAAAUAUAGCCAAUGAACUGGCCUCAACUACCCUCCUUAUCCUUAAGCUGUGACCCCUUGUCCUGGACUUCCACAACAUCGGGAACAAUCUUCCUGCAUCUAGCCUGUCCAACCCCUUAAGAAUUUUGUAAGUUUCUAUAAGAUCCCCUCUCAAUCUCCUAAAUUCUAGAGUAUAAACCAAGUCUAUCCAGUCUUUCUUCAUAAGACAGUCCUGACAUGCCAGGAAUCAGUCUGGUGAACCUUCUCUGCACUACCUCUAUGGCAAUAAUGUCCUUC